AUGAGCACUCCAAGAAUGGUCUCCCCUUCUUCCUCGAAGACGCCGCCACCCACCGCAGCGGCCGCCCACCGACUGCCCCGCCGCCACCGCCUCUCCGCGGUUGUUGCUGCUUCAACGAGGAGGCAAGCUGCCGGAGCAGGACUACCCCACCCGGGCGGUGCGGCGGCGGGGGGGGUGGGCUCCAUCUGGGUAAACCCGAGCGCCGCACCGCGCCCCGGCGUGGCCAGCCGCACUCUCCGCCGCCUCGUCGAGCUCGACAACCUCGACGCCGCGCUGCAUCUUCUCCUCGGCGGUCCCUCCUCCACCUCCACUCCCGCGACCUCGGACUCGGCGCCGGAGCCGCCGUCUGUCAUCAGCAGCAACAUCCUCAUCAAGAAGCUCUGCGCCCGCCGCCACCUCGCCGACGCGGAGCGCGUGCUUGAGGCGCUCAAGGCCUCCGGCGCUGCCGACGCCGUCUCCCACAACACCCUCGUCGCGGGUUACUGCCGCGACGGCAGCCUCGGGGACGCGGAGCGCGUGCUCGAGGCGGCUAGGGCAUCCGGCGCCGCGAACGUAGUCACCUACACCGCCCUCAUCGACGGGUACUGCGGCUCCGGGCGCCUCGCCGAUGCCCUGCGCCUCAUCGCCUCCAUGCCCGUGGCGCCGGACACCUACACCUACAAUACCGUGUUGAAGGGCUUGUGUUGUGCUAAGCAGUGGGAGGAGGCCGAGGAACUCAUGGGGGAGAUGAUCCGGAAUAAUUGCCAUCCGAAUGAGGUGACCUUUGCCACACAGAUCCGUGCUUUCUGCCAAAAUGGGUUGGUUGACCGAGCUGUGGAGCUUCUUGAUCAAAUGCCAAAGUAUGGGUGCACGCCUGAUGUUGUCAUAUACAGUACGCUGGUUAAUGGAUUCUCAGAGCAUGGGCGUGUAGAUGAUGCACUCAAGCUAUUGAGCACCAUGUUAUGCAGGCCUAACAUGGUUUGUUAUAAUGCUGCAUUGAAGGGUUUAUGUAUUGCUGGGCGAUGGGAGGAAGUUGGGGAGCUCAUAGCUGAAAUGGUUAGGAAAGAUUGCCCACCAAAUGAUGCGACAUUUAGUACGCUGAUCAAUUCCUUAUGCCAAAACAGGUUGGUUGAAUAUGCGAUUGAAGUUCUUAAGCAAAUGCAGAAGUAUGGAUAUAUGCCUGGUGUUGUUAGUUACAACACAAUCAUCAGCUGUUUUUCUGAACAAGCAUGUGCAGAUGAUGCCCUCAAGUUACUAAACAGCAUGCUAUGCAAGCCUGACACAAUUAGCUUCAAUGCUGUGCUGAAAUGUUUAUGUAGAGCCGAACGAUGGAAUGAUGCUGCGGAGCUUAUGGCUAAGAUGUUAAAGGAGAAUUGCCAUAUAAAUGAAAUGACUUUUAACAUACUCAUCGAUUCACUAUGCCAAAAUGGACAGGUCAAGGAUGCCAUUGAAAUGUUUGAGCUCAUGCCAAAGUAUAGAUGUACGCCUGAUAUUGUCACAUACAGUAGCCUUAUUAAUGGCUUUUCUGAACAAGGACUUGAUGAAGUGGCCUUUGAUUUGUUCAGAAGCAUGCCAUGCAGGGCUGAUAUAUUUAGCUACAAUGCUACAUUGAAGGGUUUGUGUAUGGCUGCACGAUGGGAUGAUGCUGGAGAGCUUAUAGCUGAUAUGGUCACAAAAGAUUGUCUCCCAAAUGAAGUGACAUUCAAUAUACUAAUCAAUUCCUUGUGCCAAAAAGGACUGGUCAAUCGUGCAAUUGAGGUUUAUGAGCAAAUGCCCAACUAUGGAAUUACACCUGAUAUUUUCACAUAUAAUGCUCUUCUCAAUGGCUACUCUGGACAAGGCUGUUUGGAUGAUGCCGUCAAGUUCUUGAGCACCAUGCCUUGUGAGCCUGACACCAUUUCCUAUAAUUCUAUACUGAAGGGUUUGUGUAGGGCUGAGCGCUGGAAAGAUGCAGAGAAACUUGUCACUGAGAUGCUUAGAAAGAAUUGCACUCCAAAUGAAGUAACAUUCAAGUAUGCUAAUCAAGUAUUUAUCAAAUAG